GGGAACAGGAAGAAAAAAAGAAAAAGAGAAAGAGAGAAAAGAGAAGGCAAGAGAGAAGAAAAGCAGACACGAACUAGGGAGAGAAGACCAUAACUCCAAAGUCCAAUUCCUGCAAGUUUUCAGAAAGGAAGAUCAGCUUUUUCCAGAUGUGGUACCUUAUCUUCUUCUGUCUCCCUGUCUGGGCUGAUGCAGCCUCCAUGUAUGGUGAGAUCUUGUCACCCAAUUAUCCUCAGGUGUAUCCAAAUGAUCUGCAGGAAUCUUGGGAAAUCAAGGUCCCUCCAGGAUAUGGUAUUCACCUUUAUUUCACACAUAUGGAUCUUGAACCAUCGCAGAACUGUGAAUACGACUCUGUGAAGAUCCUGUCUAGUGGCCAUGUUGAAGGCGUGCUUUGUGGGCGAAAGAAACCUCGUGUCCCUGGCUCCUUGAUUGUGGAGGAAUUCCGUGUCCCUUAUAACACCCUGACUAUGACCUUCCAAUCAGACUUUUCCAAUGAGGAGCAUUUCACUGGUUUUGCAGCCUACUAUGUUGCAGUGGACUUGGAUGAGUGCACGGAUUUUGUGGAGGAACCUUGCAGUCAUUACUGUAAUAAUUAUAUUGGAGGUUACUUCUGUACCUGCCCACCAGAGUAUUUCCUCUAUGAGGAUAAGAAGACAUGUGGAGUGAACUGCAGUGGAAAUGUCUUCACUGAGUCAUCAGGGGAGAUUGCUAGCCCAAACUAUCCCAAUCAGUACCCAGAGAACUCACGGUGCGAGUACCGAGUGGCUCUGAGGCCAGGCUACUUUGUGGCAUUGACCAUACGUAGCGAGGACUUCGAUGUGGAACCAGCUGACUCAAAAGGGAGUUGCCAUGACAGCUUAACGCUUGUCUCUGGAGAAAGGCGUUUUGGUCCCUAUUGUGGCAGCAAAUUCCCAGGUCCUUCUGAAAUCAAGACUAGGAACAACAUUCUUGACAUAAUCUUCCAAACAGACCAGGCAGUACAGCAUAAAGGCUGGAAAAUACGCUACUAUGCAGAUCCCAUAACCUGUCCCCCGAGUGUCAUCUCCAACUCUGUUCUUGACCCAAAGAAGGACAGGUAUACUUUCGAGGACAGUGUGAAGGUGACCUGUGUGGAAGGCUAUGAAAUUGUAGUGAAACAAGACAGCAUCAGGACUUUUCACUCCAGCUGUCAGGACAAUGGUGAAUGGAGCAACUCUCAUUUCAGCUGUGUUCCUGUGAACUGUGGUGAGCCACUUCCUAUUGAAAAUGGACAAGUUGAAUACAUCUCCAAAAUUCAUGAGCCUCUGUACAAAGCUGCCGUCCGGUAUCACUGUAACGCACCUUACUAUACCCUAAAAAACAAAGGGGAAGUGGUGUAUGAAUGCUCAGCCAGCGGACAAUGGAUCCAUGAAGAAAUGGGAACAGAGCUACCAAAAUGUGUUGCAGUCUGUGGGGUGCCCAGUAAUCCCAUCCGAGAGACAGCAAAGAUUUUUGGAGGCACCCGUGCAGAAAAGGGCAACUUUCCCUGGCAGGUGUAUUUUGAUUACCCAAGAGGAGCUGGUGUGCUCAUUUCUGAAAGAUGGGUGAUGACUGCAGCUCAUGUGCUGGAGGGAUUUGACAAGCCUGACAUGUUUGUUGGUGUAAUCAAUGUUGGUAGAGAAUCUUUGUACCGGGAUGCCCAGAAGCUGGUUGCAGAGGCUUCAUUCAUCCAUCCGGGCUGGAAGAAGCAGCCCAAAGACUACCACAGGACCGAUUUCGAUAAUGAUAUUGCGCUACUGAAGCUGAAGGAUCCUGUGAAGAUGGGCCCAAACAUCUCACCCCUCUGUCUUCCUGGUAAAUCACCUGAAUAUGAGCUACAAAAAGGGACUCUAGGCUAUAUUGCUGGCUGGGGACAAAAGGAGAAAGGAAGACUACCUAUUUAUCUUUGGAAGGCUCAGAUUCCUGUGGUGGACAUGGACAAGUGCCGUUCUGUGAAACCAGAGGGCCCUGCUGAUUCCAGUGCUUACCGAUUCACUGACAAUAUGAUCUGUGCUGGUGGUGACAAGGACAGCUGUAAGGGGGAUAGUGGUGGAGCCUACUCCAUCCAAGAUCCUCUUGAUAAUAGCCGGUACUAUGUGGCUGGGCUGAUCUCCUGGGGACCAAGAUGUGGUACCUUUGGUCUUUACACCAAGGUAGUACGUUACCUGGACUGGAUUACAGAGACCAUGAGUAAGCAUGAGGAUGCAGAAGCUUUACAGGAUUAGCUCUUUCUCCCUUUAGCACAGUCACACCUCCUAAAUGUGAUGGUCAUCUGUUCUGGUAGGAAGGCUGGCUACAAUCCUGUUCACUUUUUGUGUAUAACAGGACAACUCAUUGUGUCUGUGCUGAGUGGAGAGUCAGGAAUAUGUAUUGGUUUUCCCCACUGUCAUUGUGACUGGGAAAGGAAUUUUUCUUACUUCUUCCACUCAUAGAAACAUAACAUGAAGAUGCUAUUCUGCAUAAGGAGCCUUCUUCUGCUUCCUCUCAUCUCUUCUAUCUCAUUUUUUCCCACUUGGAGAAGAACUACUCAUGCCCUACCUGACAGGGAGAUUACAAUGAAGAUGAGAGAGAAUAAUUGUUGGUUUCCAGGGUAGGUUCAAAGCCUGGUGUCUGAUUUCUUUAUUUCCUGUAUUGUUCAGAAUAUCUAACAGCAUUAAAGAAUGUCCAAAUUUGCUUCCCA